AUGGACUUCAACUCGUUGCUUCACGCCUACAACAAGAUCAUGGCCGAUCGUGCCACCUCCAACACCACCGUGCGUGGCAGCGACAACCAGCAUGACGCCCCUCCCCCAGCCUAUUCAACCCUCACCACAAACUCCACCACCCAGCAACCUCCCACGGCCGUCGCCGAAGAAGAUCUCGACUCAGUCGACACCGCUUCCGACUCCGACUGCGAAGCCGAAGAUGACAACACUGCGGCCUCUUCCGCUACACCUAGCCCCACCCUCGCCGUCGACGCCGCAACCGUCAUCCACGGUUCGUCCAACGUCAUCGCCGUGCCCCCCGUCGACGGCCCGCGCCUGACCGCCAUCCUGCUCUCUCUCCUCCACGGAACUCUUCCAACCCAGAUCCAAGCUCAACAGCAGCAGCAACAAGCAGCGGCCCAAAGCCAAGGCCAUCGCCCUUCGGCGGUGAGUGCACCGCUGCCGCAUCUCCCGGGGCACCUUCCCGGCGACGAUGGCGGCAGCAGCCGCAACGGCAACAGCAAACGCCCGCUCAGCAUCCGGAUCGACUGCGGCGUGCGCGUUGUCGGAGACAGGAAUGUCAUUGGCGGACUGGCGCCGCCGGUGCGGAUGAGCAGCAGCAGCAGUAGCGUGGGAACGGGCUCCCCUCCUCUUGUGGUGGCAAGGCAGCAGAAUGGUGGGGUGAUGGCGGACCGGGGUGACGGCCAAGCGGUUAUAGGUGCCAGGGGGGUGCUGACGCCGCCGGAGACGCCACCUCCGUCCGCUGGCGGUGGUGCUGGGUCGAUCAAGAGGAAGGCGGAGGAAGUGGCGGAGGCUGAGGGCAGAGCGGUGAAGAAGGAGAGAGCUGAUGGUGCAGAUGGAAAGAUCUGA